GAGUGGCCCAGUGCUGGCUAACGUCCGACAGAGAUUCGCAAAUUUAGCGAUGGCAAGGACUUGAGUUACUAGUUACCAUAUAUUUCUGUACAUUUUCAAUUUUUUCUAUAUACAUGCUUAAACAAGUUUGUAACUGAGAGGCAAGCCAAUCAUUUGAAGAAAAGACUAGAAGCCGGCACUUGCAGCCUGGCAACUUCAACACCAGCAGACUGGCAACGCUGCAGAAUUGCGAAAAUAUUGCGCGAAUUUCAUAAGGAACUCAACCGGCUGGCUUUGCAUUUGAAGUCCGAAUGAACACAGAUAGUAGCAACCUUGAAGCGUAAUGCCUUGUAUCACUCAAUUCAGGCAUAUAUAGCUCCGAGUCAAGCUCUUAGUACAUACAAUAGCAACAAUACUAUCUGGCAACUUUCGUGCGCCGCUUGUCAACCCUGUCCCGUGCGAUUUGCUGCACAUUGUUCUAAAACAACCCAGCCGGAAAAGCGGUUUCAGUAGUGGUCUACUUCUAUAUGCGACUCAAAUGUGAGAGACCUGACCAGAGGCUGUGUUCCAGGCAAUAGGCGCUACCCAGGGCGAUCAUCGGUGCCCACAGGCAAUCCCAACCAGAACACCAACACACCACAAUCCCAGCUCACGCAUUCCGCAUUUCGCACACGGAACAGACCACACAACACACAGCACAUAGCACAUAGCACACACGCACACAGGUAGCGGCAGCUCUUUUAAUCUUCCAAAACGUUGUCUGGCUCGCUGGCUGGUUGGCUGGCUCCACAAAAGCAUUGGUCACAGACAACGCACGAGGGGAUCGCGGCGGAGAUCGAGAGGCUAGGCGAGAUUUGGGUUUCGAGCGGUGGGCAGGGGCAAGCAGAGGUAGACGCUAGCUAGCGAUGUCCCAGCACGGAGGCACCGAGGCUCUGGCCGCCGAACUGGCCUCGGCCAUCGAUCUAGUCAUGAACCCGAUGACACAGCAACAGGCGCGCCUGGAGGCCUACAUGGCCUGUGAGCGGUUUAAGGAGGAGUCGCCAAUGUGCGCCCAGGUGGGCCUAUUCCUGGCCAGCUCGCCGCAGUCUAACCAGCAAGUGCGACACUUUGGCCUGCAGCUGAUCGAGUACACAAUCAAGUACCGAUGGAAUUGCAUUACGCACGAGGAGAAGGUGUACAUUAAGGACAAUGCCAUCAAGAUGCUGAACGUGGGCGUGGGCCCGGCGGAGGACCGCUCGCUGCUGCCCACGAAGGACGCGCUGUCGCGCAUCAUCGUCGAGAUGAUCAAGCGCGAGUGGCCGCAGCAGUGGUCCGACCUGCUGCCGGAGCUAAGCCAGGCCUGCACCAAGGGCGAGGCCCAAACGGAGCUGGUGCUUCUGGUCUUCUUGCGACUGGUGGAGGACGUGGCCCUAUUACAGACAAUCGAGUCGAAUCAGCGGCGAAAGGACAUGUACCAGGCGCUAAACAACAACAUGAACGACAUCUUCGAGUUCUUCCUGCGCCUGGUGGAGCAGCAUGUGACUGCGUUCCGCGAGACAACGCGUCUGUGCAACUACACCAAGGCGAACGCGCACAGCCGUGUCGUCGAGAUGGUACUGCUCACGCUGAGCGGCUUCGUCGAGUGGGUCAGCAUCCAGCACAUCAUGUCCAGCAAUGGCAAACUGAUGCACUUCCUCUGCAUCCUGCUCAACGACAAAGCAUUCCAAUGCAAUGCGGCCGAGUGCCUGGCGCAGAUCACGAACCGCAAGGGCCAGACCAAGGAGCGAAAGCCGUUGCUUCAGCUGUUCAACGAGGAGCCGCUGCGCUACAUCUACCAGGCCAGUCAGAUACCGGCCGACACAAGUUCCACACUGGCCGUCGAGCAGCACCUCAACUUCCUUAAGAAGUUGCUGCAAGUGCUGAACGGCAUGGCGCAGCAACUGGUGGCGCUUUGGGGCAAGGACGACGCCACGCAACGACCAGUGCACCUGGAAGUCCUUCUCGAAUGCCUAUUGCUGCUCGUCCAGCAUCCAUCGCUGGGCCUCUCGCAUGGGUCGGCGCUCAUUUGGCAGCUGCUGCUUAAGCAUGAGCCCUCCUCCAAAGACUUCGCCAUGGUCAACUACAUUCCCAAGCUCAUCCACACGAUUGCGCCCAGGAUCGUGAAGCUGCCAUAUCCUGCCUCCGCUAGCUCGCCUGCCAGCCUCUCCACGGAGGCAUAUAUUCGACUAGAACACGAUAGUGAAGAGGAGUACGCGCUCUACUUUUUCCGCUGCCGGACCGACUUCCUUGAGAUUUUCCGCCUGGCCACCCUGGUGCAGCCGUUGGUCACGUAUGGCUACUGCGAACAGUGGCUGCAGCAACGACUGCGAAACGCGCAGAUUGAAGCGGACGCGGAGGUCAAGAGCGGCAACGUGUCGUGCAGCGUUCUGGAUCCAGUAUACCUGGAAUGGGAUGCGCUGGUCAGUGUGUUGGACGGCGUGCUAAGCCGCAUUCUCCUCGUGGCGGAACGCCCAUCUGUGCCGGCAGGACUGCGACUCUUGGAAGAAUGCCUCAAACUGGAGACAAUCAAUCCGCUGACAUACUCGAUUCUGCUGUCCUGCAUUUCGGCCCUGUUCGUCUUUCUGAGCAUGUCCGCCUGUCAGAUUACGGCGACCAACUGCGUGGCCAUGAGCGGAGUAAGUCUGUUGCCGCGAGUGCUUGACAAGAUCUUCCGAGCACUGGUGAUGAAGCCCCCCAACGAACUGGAAAAGGUGCAGGCCAAGUCCGCCAAGAAUCUUCGACGACACGCCGCCUCGCUGCUGGUGAAGCUGGCCCACAAGUAUCCGCUGCUGCUGCUUCCCGUUUUCGAGCAGAUCAACGGCCACGUGGAGCUGUUGCUCAAGGAGCCCGGUAAGCAUCAGCUGUGCCGUUUGAUGCGCACCACGUUGCAGGAGGCACUCAUCCUAAUCUCGAACCAUUUCUGCGACUUCGAGCGGCAGACGCUGUUCAUUGAGCACAUCGUGCAGGAUAAGCGCACCGAGUGGCUGGCCUUUGGCGAUGCCCUCAAAUCCCCGUUGGACUUCAUGAGCUUCGUUGGCCUGGACAAGCCUCCCAUUUUCGCCGUGGAAGGAGCUGUCACGCUCCAGAACCGAUCACGCCUCUUGGAUGCCCUGCACGUCGUCCUCGGCGUGGUCAAGCGCUGCACUUGGCCAGACGAUCCGGAGCGCGCACAGCGCGGAGGAUUUGUCAUUGGCUGCACGGAGCUGGGCAACCCGAUCUGCAGAAACCCGGCCACCAAGCACAUUGUACCACUGCUGUCGCACGUGCUGAGCUUGAUGCGUGUGCUUAAUGAGCUGUUUGCUCCGGAGGCUCUGCAAGCGCUCUCCGAGGGUUAUCGUGGAAUCCAUGGGAUGAUGGAGCACGAGAAGAAGCUUCUAAUGGGCAUAUGCGCUCUGCCCACCGACCCCUUGGACACGACCAUCCGCAGCGAACCGACGGCCUUCGAAAAGAUGCAGACCUUCAUGAUGAUGGUCACCGAGGGUUGCUACCACCUGAUGGGCUCAGCUGGACCAUCGCUGGGACGCGAUCUUUACCAGCUCAUGGGACUGUCGGACGCCAUUGUGACGAAUGUGUUUAGCCGCAUGGACUUGGUGCCCGAUUACCGCCUGCGCCCAAUCAUAAGGGUCUUCUUCAAGCCCUUCGUCUACUCGUGCCCGCCCAGCUUCUACGACAGCGUUCUGGUGCCGCUGUUUGCCCACUUGGCGCCAUUGAUGUGCGAACGCCUCACGCGCCGCUGGAUCUACAUCGCCUCGCUCUACGAAAGCGGCCAGCUGGACGGCGAGGUAAACGAUACGCAGGAGGUGCUGGAGGAUCAGCUCAAUCGCACGCUGACGCGCGAGUAUUUGGACGUGCUAAAGAUCGCGCUGGUGGGCGGCCAAAUUGGAGCCGAUCAUGUGGCAGCUGGCGCCAAUGCCAACAGCAAUUCUGUGGCCAUGGAGAAUGAGGAGCACUCGAUGGACAGCGCACCGCAAUCGCGAGCAAUCCAGUCGGCACUGCUCUCGGACAUCAUAAGCGACUUGGGCGGCAAGCUGCUGCGCAACGGACUCAUUGGCAAUUAUGUGCUCAUGACCUUGCUAAAAGCCAUCGCCUGGAACGACGGCAUGUGCAGCAUGAAGGCUGUCAACAUCGCAGCGCCCGUGAUGCGUUUCCUGGCCGCCGAGAAACUAAUGGACGAGAACAAGGCCGUCACGGCCUUUACCGCCGUCCUGCAGGGCAUGCAGGUGCACGGUCAGCACGAGGCCAACCAAUCGGGCCUGGUGACGCUGGGCGUGCAGUUCUACGAGCUGCUCCGUCCGCAGUUCCCCAUUCUCAGCGAAGUGCUGCAGCAUAUCCCCAGCGUGAAUGCGGCCGACAUUCAAAAGUUCGACGAAAAGAUUGCCGUGGCGCCCGUCAAGGGCAACAAAGUGGAUCGCGCCAAGAAGGACAUCUUCAAAAAGCUGACCGCCCAGCUGGUCGGACGCAGCGUGAACCAGUUGUUCCGGCACGAGGUGCAGAUAGCCAAUCUGCCGCCCAUGCAGUCGCACAAGGCCAAGGGAUCCAUGGGCACCACGGCUGACAUCAUGGAUAGCAAUCAGAACGCGAGUCUGGCCAGGCUCUUUGGGCCGGAGAAGUGACACGGAGCGCAGCGGAAGCAGAAAACGAGAUACACAAACGAACAGGAACAGGAUAGGAGAAGCAGGAGGAGGCGUCGCAGCGGAGGCGGCGCCACCAGUGACACCACCUCUGUCCUGGUCGAGGACCGGGAUCAGGAGCAUGUCGAGACCACGGCCACCUCAGCUGCCAAACUAGCGACGACUGAACUGAAUGUAACUGUAAAUUAGCUUAGACGAUGAGUUCGCACUUUUUCUCGCCCUUGUCCAAGACCAUGACCCAGUCCGUGUCCCAGUCCCAGUCCCAGUUCCCAAUCAGAUCUUACAGUUAUUAAUUUAUUUAUUUUAACAACUAAAUUUUAAGCGUACCCGCAAUGAAGCAAUUUUUUAUUGAAUUUGUCUCAUGCGGGCAUCGCAACCGCUUCGAUCCGAACCGUUUCCCCCCCAGUUUCUGGAGGAAAAUGGUGACUCGUGACUUGUUACUGCUUUGUUAUUUAUUAUUCGAAAUUUGUUAAACUUGUUUGCUCAAAGGAACUACUAGAAUCGCUAGUUAGCAAUACUCCGGCCCACAACCGUCAAUCCGCAAUCCUUAGCCCUCGUCCUAUGGCCCCAGGUCCCAGGUGCUUCGCAGAGACGCCAGAAGACCAUUUUAUACAUAGUUAAUUAAUUAAUUAUUUAAUGAAUUGUGCUUUCCUCGUUUUGUAUAGUUACCUAUGCGCAGGCAUAAUGUAAUUUAUAUAAUUGUACACAUUUAUCAUUUGAAGGAAUAUUUCUGAAAUUACGCUUAGGUUUAGUUGAUAGGCAAAAGUUAUUAUUAUAUAAUACAUCAAAUUGUAUAUGAUCACACAUCCCGCACCGCGAAUGCAUCAUGCAUUAUGCAGUAUAAUAAUUAUAGCCCAAAAACACACCAGGAUACUAAGAAAACAUAAUGAAAUCGAAGCGGUCGACCGUGCAAAAACACAAAUCGAAAUAAGAUAAAGCAGAUAAAUUUGAAAUAAAUUUAAAAAUUCAAAGUGGAACCGACUUGUUUUAGUAAUACGCAAUAUAAUAAUUUCAAACAGGACGAUAUCCAUGCAAGAAAACAUCACUGUGGACGGCAGUUAAUGUAGUGACGAAGCGCGCCCGGAGACUUUGCGAUUAUAUUGAACAAAAGUUGUUCUUAAGAUAUAUGAAUUUAAUUUCACAAGAAUCAUUAUAAUUAUUAGCUUCAAACUCGCGAAAUUAACUUCUUAAAUUCGAUAAAGUAGUUUUGUAAACUUACUGAAAAGCAUACAUAUGUAUGUACACUGCAAU